AAACGUAUGACGUCAAAGAUAAAAUGGCGCAAGCGCUGUAGAUUGAAAACAAUAUCGAGUGUGUUUACGGGAAACAGGACUUCGAAUGAUUUGAUUAAAAGCUUAAAGAAAAUUUGUAAAAAUGACAGCUGGAAAACAAGAUUACCCAAAGGCAUCAAAUGCUCUGGUGUUUGGUGGAAUGCUGACAUUCAUAGCUGGUAUGAUGCUUCUUAUGGCAUUUGCAAGCCCAUAUUGGAUACAGUCAUAUCAGGAAACAUUUAGUAAUUUUAAGCACAUGGGAUUGUGGGAGUACUGCUUUGAACAGUUCCGUUAUCCGUAUUAUCAGUUUCCUAAACUGUUUGAUGGAUGCCAUUACGUAUUCAGUCAAGAAUAUUAUGUUAUUAGAGAAUGGCUGCUUCCAGGUUGGCUUAUGGUUGUUCAGGCUUUUGUAACAUUAGCACUGAUGUUGUCAUUUACAUCUCAAAGCAUCAUUGCUCUGGAACUUGUCCGUUGGCCACUGGAAUUUGUCUUGACAUAUGAGUGGUUUUUAUCAGGAAUUGCUUUCUUGUGCAAUGCUAUCACAGCUGCUUUCUUGUUCUUGGCUGUAACUAUAUUUGGCGGGGAAUGUUGGCGCCGUGACUGGAUAAUGUACCCUAAUUUCAACUACCUAUCUUGGUCUUACGGAUUUGCUGUGUUAUCAAUGUUUUGUCAUGGAUUUUCAGCAUUGUUUGUGUACUUGGAUGCUCGUAAGAACUGGAUAAUGCGCAAAGAAAGUCAGAAUUUGGUUGCACAGAUGCACCCUAAUCCUGGCCGUAAUGGUUUUGUAUGAAAACAAGAUGGAAAAGUGACAGUCGUACUUCCUUGCCAUGUUUGCUGGAAAUCAGUGGCAGAGAGUACUGAGCAUUAGAUGUGCAAUCUGUAUAUUCCCAGGAGGAAUUUAUCUGGUAUCUAAUGAACUGAAUGAAUGUGAAAAUUACAGAAUUUUAUGUCUUCGGUAUAUCUUACACUUCCAGUUAUUCUGAUUGAUUAUCUUAACAAUAUUUUAAGUAUCACAUUUGCUUUUAAUUUCAGAACACACAACAAUUAAGUAUUUUUCUGUAUAAUUGCCUGUGAAUAAUCAUCUGUUGCGCACAAAGUAGCACGCGGGAGCACAUUUCCUUUUUGCUUUUUUCUUCCCAUGUGUAAGUUAGUUUUAAGAAUAAAGUUGAAUCUCACUAUA